CUCCUUUCCAUUCCAUCUUUCUCUUAUUUUCUUAUAACCUUCCUCUUCAAUUAUCUUUAUCAUAUUAUUAUUUUUCAUGGCAUCAAAUAAUUCAUCCCUUAACCAAACAAAAUUUGUACAUCAAAACAAUGACCACCAUGACCAACAAAAUGCAACACUAGAGAUCGAAAGCGAUGAAUUUGAUUACUCAAAAAGAUCACAAUGGCUACGUGCCGCAGUUUUAGGAGCUAAUGAUGGAUUAGUUUCAACAGCAUCACUAAUGAUGGGUGUAGGAGCAGUGAAACAAGACAUAAAAGCCAUGAUCUUGUCAGGUUUUGCUGGACUUGUAGCUGGUGCAUGUAGCAUGGCAAUAGGUGAGUUUGUAUCUGUUUAUUCACAACUUGACAUUGAAAUUGCUCAAUUAAAAAGAGACAAUAUUGAAAGAGGUAAUAAUAUUGAAGAGAAAGAAAGUUUGCCAAAUCCUUUACAAGCAGCAGCAGCUUCAGCUUUAGCAUUUUCAAUUGGUGCAAUGGUGCCACUACUUGCAGCAUCUUUCAUUAAAGAUUAUAAGGUAAGGGUAGGUGUUGUUUUGGGAGCAGUUAGUUUUGCUUUGGUUGUGUUUGGUUGGUUGGGUGCAGUGUUGGGUAAGGCUCCAGUUUUAAGGUCUUGUUUGAGGGUCUUGCUUGGAGGUUGGAUUGCUAUGGCCAUAACUUUUGGACUAACCAAGUUGAUUGGGUCAAGUGGGCUUUAGAUUUUUAAUUAUAUUAUGUUAAUUAAGUGAACUAAUUAAUGAGAUUUAAUUAUCUCACUUCUCUUACUAAGCUCUCCUCAUCUUUUUGGAAGAAUUGAGGUAAGAGUUAUAUAGAAGAAAGUUGGCUUUGUAUAAUAAUACAUAUAUAUAAAUGGAAGUGAUGUUGUCAAAACCUUUUACAUUCAUGCAAAUAUAUAUGGUCAAAAGUUUGUGUAUACCUUUUUUAUUAUUAAGAAAAAGGUGUAACUUUUGUACGA